AUGUGGAUUCCACUGGAAAACUGGGGCCAGCUGAAGCUGUCAGCGGCCAAGGUGGAGGUCAAGGCCGAGGGCGGCAUGGAGGCGGGGAAAAGUGAGUCUGUCCUUGAGCUGCUCGCGCUGCCGAAAGGGAGGGCAAAAGACAACCCCAACUACGUGCCACAUCCAAUACUGAGCAUUCCCAUCUCCGCCAUCUCAAGUGCCUCUGGUACCACCAAGAAUGACGUGAGUCUCACAAUGCGGCCUGCGCCGACAGUUGGUGCAGGCGACUUGGAGCUGACAUCAAUCCGCUUCGCCGUGCCCAAUGUGUGCGUCGGUUAUGAAGAAACAGAGAUGGCUGGCAAAGUUAUUCUGCAAGAUAUUCAGAGCGGCAUGAUGCAGUACCAGGAGCAGUUCCUCCAGGGUCACGACAGUGGCAACCAGGACGGCAAGCUGCUCGCUCUCGCCGCGAUGGGCAGUGGUCAAGCUAAGCAUACCGAUGAGAAGGUGGUGGCGACUUUCGAUGACGUGCUUCUCUCGUACCCGUCUGGUAAGUAUAAGAUUGUGAUCUCGAACUACAACGUGGUUCUGGAGGACAAGAGGAAGGGCGCCUCAAGCGGUCUCCUCAGCUUUCCCCUCUCCGACAUUCAGAACCUGUUCCUGUGCGACGUCCCCGUGUACUUCUCCGCCGCGGAGGAGGUGGACGCGAACAGCGUGCCGCAGUACGUCGUGCUGAUACUGAAGAACCCGCUGAGGAUUCGCACGACAGCGUACAACCACGUUGUUAUCUCCUGCCCUGCCGGCUUGACACUGGAUGAGGAGCACCCGUGGCGUUGCGAGCUCAAUACACAGGACGAGAUCGACAAGACGCUCCACCUUCCUCCUGUGAAGGAGGGCGAGGUGCCGUCACUGGUGCCAACGAUGAGCGGUCGUGUGAGUGACAUUCUCACUCGCACCUUCAAAGCAAUCGCCAAGGUGCCCGCGUACGGCGGCAUCAACAAGGAGUAUAAGUCUGUGCUCACUGGCCACUCGCAGUCCUCGAUGCGUUGUUUCUUUCACGGGUCGGAGGGGCUGCUGUACGUUGUCAACAGCGGCUUUCUCUACCUGCACCGCCCCGCUACCCGCAUUCUAUUCAACGAUGUCGUGCGUGUGGAGCUGGACGAGUCGGAGAGUGGUCAGGCCACCUUUCAGCUCACCAUCUUCACCGCUGGAGCGAGGGGCGAGGAGAAGUACGUCUUUUCGGGUAUUGCAAAGGAGGAGAAGGACGGGCUCCUUCGAUACCUCGCUACCAAGGUAAAGGUGGUGCGCACUGGUCUUGACGCUGUUAGCGACGACGACGACGACGAGGGUGACGAGGAGGAUGAGGAGGAAGAGAGCGAUGACUCGAGCGACGGCGACAACUCUGACGACGACGACAAUGGCGACGAUAGCGGCGAUGACGAUGAUGGCUAUAACGACUCUCGCAAGCGCAAGCGCGAGAAGCAGCAGCACAAGAAAGAGAAGCAGCACAAGGAGAAAAAGCACAAGAAGGAGAAGAGGCACAAGGAGAAGAAGCACAAGAAGGAGAAAAAGCACAAGAAGGAGAAGAAGCAUAAAAAGCACAGGCAUGAGAAGAGCGAUUCAUAG